GCCUCAGCACGGCAGGCAGGCGGAAAGUAGCUGCAGUGUCCUGGCAAAAAAAAUAUCUGUCCAAAAAACGUUCACUAAACUGUCCCGGGAAAGUUAGGUGUAACUGGAAGACAGGCGGCAGACUCAGACAGGCGCCAGUCCGUGUGGACAACAGCAGGAAGAGCUUGUCCAUUGUGCCGCUGACAGAGACACGGCGCUUUAGGCUCCAUUCACGCUCUAAUGUGGACACCUGCACACCAAUGUGAUGUCAGAGAUUUGGCAGCUGCUCAGUGGAGCGAAAGCACCUACUGCAGCGUCAUAUAGGAGGACGGCAUGUAAGUUAAUGGCAGUGAGGAAUCUAGACUGAAGGGCUGAGCCAACCAGUACUGUUAGAUGAGAACUGAUGAGCUGUCCAAGCUGGCAAUAGCAUGCCAACUGCAAAAGGUAAAGGUGGGUCAGCGUCCCACCGCUACCGACCUGCCUCAGAGUACGAUGAUAACACCCUCGCCCAAAAGAGAGAAUACUGGAGGACCAAGAAACGAGAGCAGAGGGCCCGACUGUCAGAGCGGAGGGGAAAGCCAACAAAAGACAGUCGAGGGGAAAAGCUCUUACAUCUAACUGCCCCUGCAGCGGUGAAUUCCAGAGUAUCUGGUUCCUUUGCUACUGCCUCUCUUCCUAUGCAGAGUAAUCAUGAGACAUACAAAACAGUCAAGGUCUCUCCUGCAUCAAAGAGUGGAAAUACAGCGGGGGACAGUUCACUCGAAGCCUCCGAAAGCCAAAAGGAGAAGUGGUUCCAGACAAUGAAACUCAACAAGGUCUCGCCUCCGUUUCCAGCAUCAUGUUCCAUCUCAGCAAAAGCUGCCGGGGGCAACAAAGCCACGGUGAAAUGCCGAACAGCAGGGGGUGCUGUGAACAGAGCUGUUACCUCACCCACACCCAGUGGAACCCAGCUGAACACCAGUCCCUCAGUGCCUCCAGUCAGAGUGACCAGAAUUACCAAUGGCAGCUCUGCCAAAACAGCACCUCAGCCAUGUGUGUCUAUGCAGGGCACAUCAGUCCCCAAAAUGCAACAAAAGGCACAAGUUGCAUUACGCAUUCAGCCCAAACUUUUACCCACCAAUGUGACCACAGGAGGGGUUCUUGUGUCUUCUCCGUGUGGUCCCGUUUCUAUUAAAACAGAGGGCAAAACAGCGAACACAACACCUCAACGUGGAACAAAGAGUGCCUUGGUCACCGCACAGAGGGCUAAAGGUGUUGGCAGCUCCCAACCUUCCAUGGAGUCCGAGGAGGAGAGAGCGGCCAAGCGCAGGGAGCAUUGGAGGAUCAAAAAGCGAGAACAGAGAGCAAAGCUGGCAGCUCGGAUAGCCAAAGCCAGAGAGAGGACACAGGGCGCGGAGACGAUGGUCCAGAGGCAAACAGCACAAAAACCAGCACUCGUGGGUGGUACGGUCCUUCAGCAUCUUCAUUCUCAGUCGUUUUUGAAAGGAGCGGGACAGAGGCAGUGUCCUGCUCGGCUCAAAACUUCAGUUACAUCUGCCAAGAGGGAAAAUAAUAAGCUGCAAAGUGGGGCAGCAGGUUUAGCUUCAGUUAACCUCCAAGUGAAUCAAAUAAAAGUACAAAAUCCACAUGAGAACAGCAUGACACAGACAGAGACUGCAUCCAAAAUUAUUCCUGUGAAAAAGACAGGGGAGUCACAGAGAAAGCUUCCAAGUUAUGUACAUCUUUCAAACUUUACUAGAGGGAUCGCACGAUGUAAGACACCUAGACAGAGGUUCAUUGAAGCCCAGAAGAAUUUCAUGAAUCAAAGAAGCAUAAGAUGUAAAUCGCCGCUGCUCACUUCAGUUUUUGGUACCAGAAAUAUCCCCAGAAUCGACCCCAACGACACACCGGAGCAGAUAAUAGCCAAACGGCGAGAGUACUGGCGGAUUAAAAAGCGUGAACAGCGAGCAAAGCUGUCGAUGGAGGUGAAGGCUCGGCUGAAGGAGAAGGACUCUCUGAUGCGAAGGGUGAAACGCUACCAGAGAAUCCUAGAGGAGAUGAGAAGGGCCAGAGCGCUGGCACAGGCAGCAGGAAGCACGCUUACCCACGCCUCUGAGACCAUUGGAGGGUUCAUCAAAGAGGACGGGACAGUGACCAUCAAUAUUCCCCAGGGUCCAACAGGUCCCAACACAGCAGCACAUAAAAGUGAAGACGAACUUCACGUAGGAUCCAGUAACACCUCGAUUAUACAACCUCAACAUCAGCCCAAUACAAAACGGAGCGGUAUCACUCCCAUUAGGAUAAACCAGCCCCCCACUGCGCUCCGCUCAGCUCAGGUGAAAGUGUCUUUUCCUCUUUCCGGACAGCUAGUCAACAAGUCUGCAAGACUUCUGUCAGUCAGACCAAGGACUCAUCUCGAAAGCACAACUGCUCCGAACUCACACUCAACAUCACCAGUUGGUCAGCUCACGCUCACUCAUCCUCAAACCCGUCAAAACGCCGUCUCUGGAGGAUCAGCAGCGGGGUCAAACCUCGGCAGCUGUGUCAUGAAAAUGGCCGUUUCAAGCAGUGCACCGUCACUGUCAGCACUCUCUCUGGAUCCAGAGCUGACAGAGGAGGAGAGGAUGGCGAAGAAGAGGGAGUACUGGAGGAUAAAGAAACGUGAGCAGCGAGCAGCUCGUGCGGCGCGACUGAAGCAGGGUUUCAUGCAAGCGAGGGCCAACGCAGCCUUACAGAGGAGGAGGGCCCAGAGGCAAGUCGCAGUAACCACUGUACCACCGAGCAGGAUUCUUACCAACCAUACAGGAAGUGCACCACCUCUCCCCAGUGACAGCGUGCCUGUUACACCAAAUGCAAAUGAGAUAAAACAAGAGAUUGAGUCUGUGCCAGCAGUUGACCUAAAUUCUCAACCAGAACAAGCCGUCUGUCCAGAUAUCAAACCCCCAACCUCCCCACCUCCAACUCCAGCGCCCCAGCCAGAGUCUGACCCAGCUCUGAGCGCAGACAGCCAAGCUACCACUCUGCUGGCCGUGGCCUCCAUGAAGAAACUCCUGGAAGAAUCACUCAGCACGGUGAGGGAGUGUAAGAGUGAGCAGCCUUGCGUUAAAAUGGAGACAACGGAAGAAUCUUCAGAGCAGGAGAUAAAGCCAAAUUUACCUCAGCUUUUCUUUGAAAAGGACGAGGUGGUUCCGAUUGCUGCUGACCUGACGCUGCAGAUAAAAAGCUGGCAGCCAGAUGAUGAUGUCUCGGCACACGAAGGUUCACCGAGCCCUGAUCUCAAAGAUUCGUCACAAACUAGUGAGACACUUUCACCUCUUCCUACCUCCAGUGAGGUAGUCCUGCAUCCCACCUGUGAGCACUCAUCCCAAACCCCUUCCAACGUCAUAGUCAGCCCCUCCAUCGAAGCCUCAGACAGUCCAUCCUCACCACGCAGAACCCAGAGGCUUCGCACCAAAAAAGUCGGCCAUCAAAACUGCUGCUCCCCAGAGCCACCAAAGCUACAUCACCUACCCAUCGAUCAACUACAACCGCAGCAACAACAUGUUGAACCACAGGUGCAAGAGCAAUGCCAUAACAGGAACUUGCCAUCAGCACAAAGAUAUCGCAGUGUGGGGACUGAGCAGAGCGGCUGGACCAGCCUGCAGAGGAAGAGGGAGUACUGGAAGCUGAUGAAGCGACAGCAGAGGGCCCGGUUAAAGGCCAGGCAGAGAGCGAGGCAGGGAGAAUGCAGCAGUCACCUGUCCCCAACAAACAUCCAGGCUCCAGGUCUUGUUAUCAUCAACACUGUUAAAGGUGUAAAUCCUCAAACAAAACCAGCUCUCCAACCCAAGCCAUCGAUUGCCUCUCUAGCCGCAGUCACCAGUAUCCCCACCGUCCUGGUCGUCAGCCCUGCAACAUGUAAUGCUGAACAGUCGCCAGACACACUCCAGGUCAACCUGCCCAUCACCAGUGUUUCCUGUUCACCCAGAAGUGAGCAGAACAUGAACGCCGUUCCUUCACAGAUCAUGUCCGACUGUCUAGGAGCUCCAGAGAAUCAGCACCAAGCAGUGCCAGUUUCACAGAAGUGGAUGUUCAGCAGCACAGAUGUAGACUCAUCCGCCUGCCUUCCUACUCUGAGGCCCCCGGACAACCCGCUGUCCAGCAUCAACCUGCAACCCAUCGAACCCCCCGGUCAAACUCCAAACUCCAGCCUCAGUCCAAUGAAAAUCCCCAGUUCUCAACUUCACAGCCCGACACAUGUGAUACAAUCACAACCUCCCGCUAAGCUGGCUCCUGUGAGCACCCUGGUUCCACCAAAGCCCAUCCCCGGCGAGUCCGAGGAGGACUUUCUGAGGAGGAAGCGUGAGUACUGGAGGAUAAAGAAGAAGGAGCAGAGAGCCAGGAAGGCCAUUCGUGACAAGGGAAUCCCCCCGAGGAGAGCUGCCAACAACUGGAGGCCAAUCCUACCUGCACAUGACCUGCCGACACAGGUGCAAGCUGCACAGGACUCGGGUCAGUGGGUGAGCUCCUCUGAUGAGUCAGAGCAUCUAAUGAGCACCUCAGUGGACACAGAUCAGGCAUCGUUUCCAUACUCAAGCUACACAGUGCCGCUAGAAGAAGAGUCGGAGCUCCUGUUCUCUGACUAUGAGAACAACAGCGGUGAGGAAGGUUCUGUCUCAGACGCCGUGUGGAGGAACUGCUACCUCAUGGACUACGACCCACUCAACCAGCUGCUGGUGUGCAUGGUUUGUGGGGAGCUGCAGUACUCCCACACCCUGGAGGGAGUGAGUGCCCACAUCGACGAGGCCCACCCGGACACCCUGACCCUGGAACCCGGGGAGAGGCAGAGAAUCCUGGAGGCCUGGGACGAGCAGGUGUCCCAGAGGGAGCGCUUCUUCACCAGCCAGCUCCAGCAGCACAGCGGGUCCCUGGCAGGUACAUUAUGACCUGAGAGAGAAGACGAGGUGGCUGUUCAGAAGCACACAGGAACUGAUCAGCGGAGAACACGACUGCAGGAGUCGCCUGAAGACCAUGGACCAGGAGAAAAAACCCACACUUUUUAUUUAUUCUACUUUAUUUUUAAUCCAUGUUUUUACCUUCAUAGAAAGUCACCUGGACAGAGAACGCUGCAGCUUUACCUCAUUUCCUACCAGGACUGUAAUGUGGGUUCUUGAAAGUCAGUAAGGACAUUUUUUUUAUACUAAAGCUGCCACAAAUGAGAUUCUGUGACACUAUUUAAAAUAUUUAGACCAACAUUCUGGGAAACACAGUCUCUGUGCUAAGCUAGGCUAAAUUCAUCCUGACCUAUCUCUGUAAUGGACACACAGAUAUCUUCGAUUCUUGUUCUGCUUGCUAAAUUCUUAUUAUCAUAAAUCAUAUUAUACCUUUGAAUUUCAAACCUCAACAACUAUAAACAUCCAGUGUUUCCCUCAGACUUGAAUCUGACAGAAAACUAUGAAACAGCAUUUUGGCCAAAACCCCUUCAUUUAAACAGACAGUGGCCACUGAGGCCAGAAUAAUAGACAUUUCCCUUCAUUUUUCAAAACUCUUUUAAGACAUCAUUUAGUGACAGAGCGAGUAGACUUGAUCCACAAGCAGGAGAGAGCACAGUCCAGCUGAGGUGCGCUGUGAUUUUACUUUGAUAAAACCAUUGAAAAGUUUAUUGGCGACAUGCUAAAACAUUAUGUUUUUACAGUGGGUUGCAUCGACAAGUUUAUUUUGGGUAAAUUUGUUUUAAAAAAACUCCCAAUAUUUCAGAUCUUUUUACGAUGCCGAUUACGUUAAAUUUUAGUCUAGACGGGCAGAAAACUGAGACUUUCUUAAACAAUGAUGCAGAUACUAGCGUUCACUUCAUGAUUGGGUCUUAUCAGUUAUGACAUAUCUUUCCCUGAUUCGUCACGGUCUAUAUCACUAUCACGUGACCCUUUUCCGUGACUACCAUGACCACCUUGUUCUUAUUUGCUGUUGCUGUUCUUCAUUCAUAGUAUUUUCUGCAACAAAGCAACCAAUCCGCUUCAGUGGAAGUCAAAAGGUCAUGUGAUGUGUGUUUUCAGGUGUGUCACAGUUGUUAAACUGCAGUGUAGCAGGGAGUCGUAAAGUCAGCACACUGAGUGAAUAACGUCCGUCAGCUACACGGCACCAUCUACCUAAAGUUUGCUAACAUCGCUAACAGUAGCCACCACAAGCUACUGGUCAACCCAGACCACGUAAGGCUGUAGCAGUGAAACCCCUGAGUUUACUGAUUCAAGCAAAGGUUUGUUUUAUUGUUUAUGACUUUUUAUUUGUAACAGGAAGAUGGUGUUUUUUUUUUUUUUCUUCAGAGUUUGGGGUUUAGCGCCCUCUACAGUCAGAGAGACCCAACUACCCGUUCAGUGAUGAGCAAACUACAUGAUAUAAAACAUUGUUCAACAGAGAAAUAACUUGGAUGAAAAGAAAUAAAAACACAGUGUCAGGUUUUGAAGGAUGUGUUUCAGUCAGAAUCAUAUCAGACGUCUUUACAAUAAAUUAUACAGUUAAUUCAGAUUUAACCCCCAGUGUAAUCAGCUAUGAGAACGACAGCACAAGAAUCAAACUCUUCAUACUGAGGCAUAUUUGUAAGAGCUGAGAGCUGCUGUCAGUUUUGUAUAAAGUUUGUCCUGGUCUGGAUUCAGACUUGCAUUCAGGUCUGAGACUGUUCCAGACCCUUGUUAGAUACGUGGGCAUCUGAAACUGGUCCACGUUUUUCUACGUGAUACUGUCCUGCGCUGUUCAAACCCUGAGCUUUACAUACGUGUUCCUUUUGGACGACUUUUUGUAUUGACAACUUUUUACAGAAACUUUCUCACCUGUGUAAAAACCUCCUGCGGUUCAUAUCAGCCUGUAAAGUCUUCUCACUGUAAAUACACAAAAUACUAAAGUGGUUAUGAGAUGCCAAAAUUUUCUUUGAUUGUUUUUGAUCAACUUUAUUUAUUAUUUAUUGAACCUCCUCUUGUAUAACUGAUGCAUUACUCAUAUCCAUAGGUAGUUCGAUGUUAGAGAAGUGUCUCGUUUGUGAGUAUUGAGGAUCCAGAGGUUUUCCUGCAUGAGUAGUAAAUGGAUGAACAGUUGUAUAUCACAGAUGAGCUCUGGAUGCAUCCCCAUGACUUUCUUUUUGUAUAAUUGUUCUUAAGAGUAAAACUUAUUUUCUGUUUGAGCACAGAGCUGUGGAGGUCAAACUGCCUGCGCAGUCACGACACUGUAAAUAGCUGGAAGUGACCAAGCUAAUUUACCUUCUGAGAAUGUAACUCUGACUUGUUUACCAGUUCAAAGGGAAUGUUCAAAUGCCUUUUAAGUAAUAAACCUUUUCUACCUUUGGG